AUUGAAAAAUAAUGGCGGUGACGACUAACCUAACCGAUUCAACGACGCCUUUGAUUCUCUGGGAUUUCAUUCUCGUAGUAUUUCGCUGACACCGGAUUUGUUAAUUUGUUUUCGUACGUUCUUGAGAUUCUGAUACAGUUCAAAAAGAAUCGCCCGUUAUGGCCCGUUGUUACUCAUACUUUCGCUCGCACUUAUAAUAAUGCAGUGAGAGAUAUUAUUUGGAUUGUUCGUGCAAGUUGUAGGCGACAAUGGCUAACCAUUACGAAGUUCCGAACUGGGCCGGUAAGCCACCAGUAGGGUUGCAUCUGGACGUGCUAAAGAACGACAAGUUGAUACAGAAACUCAUGGUGGAUGAAAAGAAGUGUUAUCUAUUUGGCCGCAAUCAACAGCUGAAUGACUUCUGCAUUGAUCACGCGUCUUGUUCUCGCGUUCAUGCGGCUCUCGUUUAUCACAAGCACCUGAAUCGGGCAUUUUUGGUUGAUCUGGGAAGUACACAUGGAACCUUUAUUGGAAAUCUACGUUUGGAAGCACAUAAACCAACUCAGUUACCAAUUGACAGUACAUUUCACUUUGGGGCAUCUACUCGAUAUUACAUAAUAAGGGAAAGACCUCAAACUGGUGCCCGACCUAUUAUCGAAGAAUUGGAGAAAUUAUCCGAAGAUAUGGACGCUGGUGGUUUGCUGGGAUUGCCAGAAACAGAAACAGAAUUAGAUAAUCUAACAGAAUUUAACACAGCUCAUAAUCGACGGAUCUCUAUGCUUGGCAUAACGGAUGACGAAAUGCAUAAACCAACGCGCAAACGAAAGAAAAAAGGAAUCACUUUCAAUGACGACGAAGAAGUAAUCAAUCCGGAAGACAUUGAUCCAUCAGUCGGAAGAUUUCGUAAUCUUGUACAAACGACAGUUGUUCCUAGUAAGAGAAUGCGUAUGGAAGGUGGUCUCAUAUCCUUGGCGGAAGAUCACAACCUUCUGAAGCACAUGCAACCUACGUCUACCACUCCGCAACUCUACCACGAUUUACCCCCCGAGCAGUUUACGCCUUCCUCGAUGUCUUCGAUCAAUCCAUUUUCUACGGCUCUUACAUCGCGGCUUGGCAUCGCGCUACCUAACCCGGCACCCGAGGUGGAGAUGACGCCGAAUCAGAUACAGACGGAAGUGCCGCAUGUGCAAGAGCACAUGUCAGGUACGACGGAGCCACGAGUAAUGGAACCGAAGAAGAAGAAGUAUGCCAAAGAGGCAUGGCCUGGGAAAAAACCGAUACCAACGCUGCUUGUAUAAUAGGACGAAUUAUUCAUAUGUAUAAU